AGACUGUUUGAGGCAAGGUGGCUGAUAAACACAAUCAGUCUCGCAUGUUCCCUCUCCAACAGUGUCAUCCUGUGAUUUUAAUUGCCUCCAUGCCUCUUCACAGCAUCCAAGGUACCAUGUCCUCUCGAUCUAUAACUAUAGUGUCCUCUGGGCGGAGCACAGGGCUCAACUGCAAUGGGGUGAGGAUGCACGGCACUCAGCUCUCCUCACAGCCCAAGCUCCCGCAGGAGGAGGACAGGGAGUCUGGUCUCGGCUCCACCCUUGACCUCAGCCGCAGCUUCGAGUGUUCCAAGCAACAUACCAAUCAUGGCUCCAGCGAACCUUCGCUCAGGGAGGCAGACAUGCUCCCUAAAAAGAAAGACAGCUCUCUACAGACCACAGGAGGGAGUCCACACAAGAUCAAGCAGCUCCUUAUCAAUCUAUCCAAGAUCCCUCUCCUCCUCAUCCUCCUUUUUCUCUUUGUAUGCUCUUUGGACACUCUGAGCUCUGCCUUCCAGUUAGCAGGGGGUAAAGUGGCUGGGGACAUUUUCCAGGACAAUGCGGUGCUGUCUAACCCUGUGGCAGGGUUGGUGGUGGGAAUCUUGGUUACUGUGCUAGUCCAGAGCUCAUCCACCUCCACCUCCAUUGUCGUCAGUCUCGUGGCCUCCGGACUGCUAGAAGUGCGGUCAGCUGUUCCGAUCAUAAUGGGGUCCAAUAUUGGGACUUCAGUCACAAACACCAUAGUGGCAAUGAUGCAAGCAGCAGAGAGGAGCGAGUUCGAGCGUGCCUUCGCUGGGGCAACAAUCCACGACUGCUUCAACUGGCUGUCGGUGCUGGUUCUGCUGCCGCUGGAGGUGUUGAGUGGCUUCAUGGCUCGGCUGUCACACCUGCUGGUCACCAGCUUCAAGCUUCAACCGGGGGAGGAAGCACCUGAGCUGCUCAAGGUCAUCACAGAGCCAGUCACCAAACUCAUCAUACAGCUGGACAAGUGUGUGAUCACAGGGAUCGCCAUGGGAAAUGAGGACAUGAGGAAUAGGAGCCUGGUGAAAAAAUGGUGCCAGACUGACCUUGUUAUGCCCACUGAUAAUGUGAGCACAGCAAACUGUGGCCCCAGUCAUGACUUGUCCCAGUCGUCACUGAAGUGUAAGCAUUUGUUUGUGUCUUCCGGGCUGUCAGACCUCACAGUGGGCCUGAUUCUUCUGGCAGGCUCUCUGGCUGUCCUCUGUACCUGUCUGAUGCUUCUGGUCAAGCUGCUCAACUCUCUCCUUAAAGGCCAAGUCGCAAAGGUUAUCCAUAAAGUCAUCAACACAGACCUGCCAUAUCCGUGUGGGUGGCUGUCAGGGUACAUGGCCAUGUUUGUGGGUGCAGGGGUAACAUUUGUGGUCCAGAGUAGCUCUGUCUUUACUUCAGCCAUGACUCCCCUAAUAGGUAUCGGUGUGAUCAGUCUGGAGCGGGCCUAUCCUCUCACCCUUGGGUCCAACAUCGGCACCACUGCCACGGCCCUGCUGGCAGCCCUGGCCAGUCCUGGGAACAAGCUAGCAGCUGCCAUACAAAUCGCUCUGUGUCACCUCUUCUUCAACGUCCUUGGCAUUCUGCUGUGGUAUCCUCUUCCUGUCACGCGCCUGCCGAUAAGGAUGGCUCGAGUCCUGGGUGAGCGCACUGCCAAGUAUCGCUGGUUUGCAGUCUUGUACCUUCUCCUCUGCUUCUUGCUCCUGCCCUCACUUGUGCUGGGCCUCUCGCUGGCAGGCUGGAGGGUGAUGGCAGGUGUUGGGGCUCCUUUCCUUGGUGUGACCGUCUUCAUCGCCAUGGUAAAUGUGAUGCAGACUCGUAGUCCUCACCACCUGCCUACUAAGCUCCAGAGCUGGGACUUCCUGCCCCAGUGGAUGCGCUCUCUCAAACCGCUCGACCGCCUCAUCACCAAGGGGACUGCAUGCUGCGGUUCUGCGUGUGAAGUGGGGCAGGGAGAAGAAGAGGAGCAUAUAUCGACACAGACGACAUCUGACGACAUGCAGAAAGAGUCAGCACAGAGGAAAGCACAGCUGGCUUAUGACAACCCGGUCCUGGACUACCUGGAUGAGAUCAGACCAGGUGUAAGGGUGCUUAAAUUAAAAGGGUUAGAGAGGUGCAACAGCACUCCACUGUAGUCAGAGUGACAACUUUUAUGCUGAAUUUUUUGUCAAUAUCAUAAUUUGGAAAUUAAGCCAGUUUUUAUCAUUAAUUAAUAAUUGGAAGACAGCCUACCGAAGGCAGGUUAAAUAUCAUGAGUGCAGCAUGAGAUUUUCAUCCAUGUUUGAUUUUCGUCCAACUGAGCAAGCUCUGCCUAUUGAUGAAGAUCAUCUGAUAUGAUAAAAAGCCCCCAAAACAGUUACUGUAUGCACCUUGAGUUAACUUGUCACUUGUUGUCAAGAUCAAGAAUGAACUUUGAAGUUCAGUUGAUGGUGAACUGCAAACAGAUUAUGAGUCUGUAACUGCAUUAAAGGUACCCUGAGGAGCUUUUGACCACGAGUGGUGUUAUGGAGCAAUGUUUUUAUGAGUCAUUGCCUAUUCUGUGUGUGCACAGGUAUGAACAAGCAUACAUUCUGUGUUUGGUUUCCUGCCAUUUCACUGAUUUGCCAAAAAAUGUAGCAAUGCACCAACAAAGGCAAUGAAGAAGAAGAAGGCCAGCAGUUGUAGUGAGAAGCGCAAAAUGUAAACUUAACUAGCCAACAACAUUUCUUGCAGCAAAUAUGUAAAAUGGGUUUAUAUUAAAUAAGUACUGCUGGAAAGAUGGUCUUGGCAUAAAACUAGGCUGUCCAGAUUUAUAGCGGCCCAGAUUUAUAGUGACCCCGAUCCGCCCCCCACUGUCACCCCCACACAUAGGUAAAAAAGAGAAUCAAUGUUCUGUUAGUUAGGCUAACUUACAUUGCAGCACAAAGUUGAAAUGGCAGCGGCAGUAGCCUUGUCAGUGAUCAAUCCACAUUACACCGAUUCAAGAAGGGGAUAGGCUGGAGCAGAUCCUUGCUGAGUUGGGAAAGCAAGGUGUUCAAUUUUCCACGUAAUUCUCGGUUAAUAAGACUGCACAGCUGAUCCACUGAUAACCCGGUGUUUGUGCUACAACUAAUGGUGCGUUCAGUUGUACUCGUGAGUCAGAGUUUUGAAGUCGGAAAAGCAUUGAAAUCUAGCAUCUACAAGCAUAAACGUUGGGGUUUUCGUUUCAUUUCAUUAACUGUCCAUUUUUUUCGAAUUCCAUGUUCCAUCUCCCAGUUUUUAAGCUGGGAAGUGCUCAGUUCGGGGGUUACGUUGUUCAGAGCUCCAAGUUCCGACUUCCAAUGUAGGCACGAUAAGGCACGAUUCUCGACCCCGGGGUCCUAAGAGGAGCUGGUAGCUGUGCCUGUGCCUAUAGCGGUUACCAUAGUGAUCAUAUACAACUUUGCCACAUGAAGUCAGAGAAGAAAGAAAAAUCAUCAUAGUGUUUUUUUUCAAGAACCAAAAGAUGUAAAUAUCCUAUGCCUGUUGCCUGUUGACUUUCCCAGGUGUGGCAAAUAUUUGUUUUGUAAUGUUGAGUAGCUAGUCUGACAAUAAUAAGAGGCAUUUGGACUUACCUGAAGUAGGCUAAAUGUGAAAUAACAGCAUUCUAGGCUGUAGGUGAAUAUCUUUAAUGUUGUUAUUUUCAUGUAUAAUGUUAUUUUAGUAAGCAGCAAGUUAAAUUCAUUUCAUUUCAUAUUUCAUGCUAUGUAGGCUUUACUUAUUUUUAUUUAUGUGAAUCUGUUGUUUCAGUGUUUAUACUUCCGUUUUCAUACACACUGUUAUGUUUAUAAUCAUUUACAUGAAGGCACGAGUGUGAAUCAUUUCAAUUUUAUUUUAUUAUUAAUUUUUGCUCAUAGGUUCUUUGCUUUUUUUCUCAGAAUACAGUUAAAUUUUUUGUGCUGAGAUUCUUCAUCCUGCUGAGAUCAGCAAAUGUUUAAAUAAAACAUAUGCAGAAGGCA